CAGCCAGCAGGUUGAUUGUCUGAGGUUGGUACAAAAGUCAGACCAGAUCAACUUGGACUACCAGUCCGGGUGGGAUCAACUCGUAUAAACUUGAAUCGACUUGGAUCAACUCAGAUCAUAAAAGGCUCUAAGAAUACAAAACAGCAGCAUGGCAACACAGAGAAAUGUCUUUCUUGAUUUGGCCAAAUAUUUUAGAGGAAUUUUAACCUUCAUAUGGAUAAAAGUUUCAAUUUCCUCUAUCUUCUAUUUUUUUGUGAUCCGCGUUGAUCUGACCGAGAUUGUACCUGCCUGGUUGUCUGUGUGAAUGUCUGCAUGGUCUUGAACUCUUCAAGUUCUGUAACACUCCUCAAUGCAAGGUGUUGUGAGAAGGUGAGACUAGUGUUUUUCUUUGUGAGGCAGACACAUUUUGAAUGUUUUAUUUUCAUCCUGAUAGAAAAAGAGAGGUAUGGUGGAACAAAUGGAGAAACACAGGAAAGAAUUAGAGGCUCUUGAAUCUGAUGACGAAAAAGAUGAGCAAGAAGUUCCAUCAUCAGUUGAUGCAACAUAUGAUCAUCCUGAGCAUGUUGUCACGGUUACCACGAUCAGUGAUGUCAACUUGGACAAUGGAAAAUUUGCAUGUAUUGGAUCAAACAAGGUGAGUGACACUAAACCUCCCCCACCCCCCACUGUGCUAAGACACUAAUAUGAAGAUCUUGGUCUCCAGAAUAUAAGGCUUGGCUAAAUUAUUGAUAGUCUGUAUAAUGCC